CGUACAAGAUGUCUGUCUUUGUGUUUUGAUGAAAAUUGAAGCUCUCUGAGCAGUCCGGCCCCACACGACAACACAAGAGUAUUUCAGCUUAAAAACAACGUGAAAAUCUUUUCAAUAAACAACCAAGGAACUAAACAACGGGAUUCUAAGUUAUUUAUAAGGAACUGUCGGUCACUACCGAUUAAAAAUGGCGAAUCCAGCCAACGUUUUCCGGGUUGGAGAUUACGUAUUUGUAGAGACAAAUCCCUCGCUGCCGUACCAAAUUCGAAGAAUUGAGGAGCUGACGAAGACAAGUAAUGGACAAGUUGAGGCUAAAGUACAGGCAUUUUAUAGAAAAAGGGAUCUUUCCUCUACUCUUGGGCUACAAGCAGAGAAGCAUUUGAUACAAGCCGAAGAAGAAGCAGAAAUUGAAAUGGGAGACAAUGAGCUAGAGGAUGUGGUACGGCACCAGUUGGGUCAUCGUGAGGUUUUCUUAAGUCGACAGUAUGAGAAUAUUAACGCAAACACAAUAAGGGGGAAAUGCUUGGUAACACUGUAUAAUGAAGCAGAGGAAUUUCCAAAGUAUUUGGACAAAGAGGACUGGUUUUGUUACUUCCUCGUGUACGACCCGCAACAAAAAACCCUUGUUGCUGACAGAGGUGAAAUGGGUAUUGGAACAGACUAUCAAGCCAGUGUUCCAAAGUCUACCAUAGACAUUAAAAACGAUAACAGGAAUCUUACUGACAUGGAGACCUUGGUGUGGAUGCCAGAUAAUGUAUUAUCUGACAGGGAAAUUGAUCAAUUUCUUGUUGUCGCAAGAUCUGUAGGGACGUUUGCCAGAGCGUUGGACUGCAGUAGUUCUGUAAAACAACCCAGUCUCCACAUGAGUGCCGCUGCAGCGUCAAGAGAUGUCACACUUUUUCAUGCGAUGACAAACCUUCACAAUAACAAUUAUAAUUUGAGUAAAGCAUUAUCUAAUCUGGUACCAUCUGGUGGACCAGUGCUUUGCCGAGACGAAAUGGAGGAGUGGUCAUCAGGAGAAGCAAAUCUGUUCGAAGAAGCUUUACAGAAAUAUGGCAAGGAUUUCAAUGACAUUCAAAAAGAUUUUCUGCCAUGGAAAACUUUGUCCAGUAUAGUGGAGUACUACUACAUGUGGAAGACCACAGACCGAUAUCUACAACAGAAACGUUUAAAGGCUGUCUCCAAAGAAUGCAACCUAACACAGAUUUAUAUUCCUGGACUAGCACCGAGUAACCCAGCACAGCCAGGCAAGAAGCAAACAUCGACAAUCAUCCUGACCCCUCCCCCUGGUGUUACAAGUAAUCUUGUUGGAGUGACUUGUGAGGGGUGCUUUGGUACAUCAUCACAGCAGUGGUACCCCUGGAGUCCAAACAACUCGCAACACAAGCUAUGGCUUUGUACAUUGUGCUGGAUUUACUGGAAAAAAUAUGGAGGCCUUAAGAGACCAGAUGGUUUCUCUGGGCGAGGUCAAGAUGGCCUGGAGCCAAGAUACACAUGCAGAGUAUGUGGCAAAGUCUUCAACAGAGCAGAACGCUUAUCAAAUCACAUGAUUACUCACAAAUCCUACAAGUGUGUUGUCAGAGGAUGUGAUAAGUCAUUCAACAGUAAACCACACCUCCAGAGGCACUUAACAGGAGGCCAUGGAUAUCGACCACCAAGCCCAAGAAAGCUCAAACCUCGCUCACCAUUCUACUUGAGGACAACAUCCUUAACCAGAAUUGCUCGUCGACUCUGUAGUGAUCUCAUUGAUCUGACUCAUGCAUGUAGAAAACCAGGAGCCAACAUGAGCAUUGCUGAAAUCAAGACACAAUGUUUGAAAAGGAUAACUGAUCCCAAACAAACAGCUAUCCUCAAAUCAGAACGUAAAAUGAAGAAACGAGUCCUUGAGAAGGCAGUAGACUUCAUUAAGGCUCAUCCACAGAAACCAAGAAAGCCAUCCAAACCAAACCUGUUACCACUGCACAACAUGAAUGCAGGUGCAGAUAAAACCUCUCCGCCAACCUCUCCUGGGUUACUGGUGACAUCCCCUGCUCGAAAGAUGAUGCCUCCAGUCAAGAGCUAUCUGUCGUCUUCACAGGCUACAACUCCCAAGUCAAGCAACUGGAAGUAUUCUGCCAUUCCUCCUGCUAAGAAUGUUACACCCACAACCAAUCACAUGCUUGCUCGCAAGAGAAGCUAUGAAGGAAGUGGAAUACAACAAAAUGGAAUAGAUAGUCCUGCUCCAAAGAGGUUGAGUGCCACGUCUCCUCUAGGCAAGAAAGGCUGUGAAUGCUCUUACUGUGGCAAGAUACUCCACAACCAAGCAAGUCUAACACACCACGAACAAACGGUUCAUGCCUCUGCAGAAGCACCCAAACAGAGAAGCUACCCAGCCUACUGUGACGUCACUCCCACUCUUGGGCCUGGGUCCAAUAAGAUUGUACCCUACGCCCAACACUCUGUGACCUCUUACAACAAUGGACAAGCUGGUUUAGACCACGCCCAAAACUAUAGUGCACAAAUUCAGAAGCCUAAAUCCUUUCUGGUACCCAAGAAUUCACCCCAGAAGACUGGGGGACUGGUGAAUUCUAACAGCAAAAGUAUGCCCAAGGGAGCCCCUGUUGUGAACAGACGCAGCCUCUCUCAAGGGAAUGGUGCCUAUUCACGUGAUAAGGUGAAUGCACAGUAUAUUGAUCCACCAGAGGAGUUCCAGUUUACUGCAAACCGUAAAAUAAGGAAAGCACGUAAAACAGUCUCAAUCGAUGCUCAGCGAAGGGUUGCACGUCGUCCAUGGAGAGAAGUCAAAUGCAACCCCAAACUACGAGAUAUGUUGCUGGAAAUGAAACCACAACAGCUGAAGGAAAAACUCGCUAAACUUCAGGAACACAGCACGAAACAAAUAACUCAAGAUCUGAAAACACAAGACCAAAUCAAACAAGAAACCAACAAGGAAACAGAAGUCGAGGCCAUUGUCAUUGAUGAUGACUAGACCAUCUUUCUGUCACAAAGACCUCCUUACACAGUUCACGGAGAGGAAGACAGAGCAACGACGAACAAGCUCUCUAUACAUCUGUACAUGGAUGUGAAUGACAUGUAAAUACCAUUUGGUCUGCUUUUCCCUCUCAAGAGUUUAGCGCGAUAGAAUCCUGAAACUUCUCACAGGAACACAGGAUGGACGACCUAUUUAUUUUAGGGAACUUAUUUGUAUGCUACUUUAGAGGACAACCUCAUUGGAUAUCAGGAACCAGAAGAGUGAUGCGUCAAAGAGUAGGAAAUGUGCAUCAAUUGCACUCGACCUUCACGCCUUGUGUUGUCAAAGAACGCCGUCAGAAAUAUUUCUGUCGGGGAUUUUACUCAGGAGUGAAGUAGCGAAUUGGUGACAGCGCAUCGUGGUUCAUCAAAUUUUCUUGAAGUAUCUCCGGGAAUGUUGAUGAUGAGUGAAUAACGAUCAUGAUACAAGAACAGUUUUGCCACCUUGGAUUGGACUAUUAGCUUGAUAAACUGUUAACUGCUAUUUCUUUAUUGACUUAAUUUCACUCGAGCUGGCUAGUUUAAGUGUGGAGCCCUAGGACAAUACUCAGCUGAUGAUUCCAAAUCGUUUGUAUAUGAAGUGUGGAAAGUAUACGAGUGCCGACCACAGGACGAUUUCUUUGAUUACUGAGCUGGCUUGGGCUACUUGUGUUGGGGGCCUCGGCCGCCAUCUUUGAUAGAAAUCCUUUCAUGAGGACUGAAAAUAAGCUUUGACUUGCUAACCAAAACUGCACUAAUGAACAGAUAGCUGGUACUGAUACUGUGUGCCUGUCAAUAUAAUCCUGACUGUCUGCCUUACUUAUUUGUCUGUCUGUCUGUCUGUCUGUCUAUCUGUCUCUGUAUGGUAUUGGUGUGAGAAUCAAUCUUUCCCCUAUUAUUCUUUGAUAUUAAUGAUAUUAUAAGCAUAUUAUGUAGGAAAAUCUUUUUAUUUGUUAAAUUAUUGUAAAUGUCUAACAAAGUCUUGUCAAUAA